UUAAUAGCUCAAGCCAGCGUUAUUAAGUUCCCAUCAGAUUCAACUCAAAAAAGCUCAUCCCAGCUACAAAGAAGAGUGAAAGAUGACAGAAGAUGUUUCCCGGCUGACCAGAAUAAUACUGGGGAAGCCUGUCGGGGCCAGAUUAUUAUUAUUUCAGAUUCUGAUGAUGAUGAUGAUGAUGAAGGAAUUCUGGGUUUUGAGAAACAUAUUAAACAAGAUAAAAUAGGCAUCAAGAAAGAAUGCCCGGAGCAGCAUACUUCAAUAGCUAGUACGAAUGUGGAAAAGAAGUUAAUAAAGGAAGAGGAGACAAAGUCCGUUUUGCAGUUUGAAGAAUCAGAUUCUCAGUUUUUUGAGUUUGAAAGUCCAUGUGAAGUGUUUUCAGUUUGGCAAGAUCAGGAAGCAGAGAAGAAUUCAGUUCAAGAGAAUGAAAAAAAUUCUUGUUCAACUGGCAUAGCUGAUACCACGAAUGAUUGGGGUUAUGAGACAGAUUAUGUAUCUGAAGAGGUUAUUAAGAAGGUAGCAGAGGGCAUUGAAAAACACACAGAACCACAGAGUAGUAUUUCUGUUGGGGAAUUUUGUGAAAUUGAAGUAAAAAAACGUAAGAGAAAACAAUUUGAAAAACCUAUGGCUGAAGGUCCUCUAAGGCCUUCACCUUCUGAUAGAAACGAGAACAAGCCUGAUAUUCUUAAUGAGAGAGGUCUGACUGAAAAUGAUUUUAAAAGUAUGGACCUAAGGACAGCGAGUCCCAGUUCAAGUGUUCAGAGAGACAAAGACACUACGGUUUCACUGAAGAAGUCUUCUCCAAAGCUUCGUACUUAUUCCAAACCCAUUAGAAGAGUCCCACUUUCUAAAACUCCUAAGAAAACACAUUCAGAUACCAAGAAAGGGCAGAAUAAAAGUUCAAAUUAUAUAAGUUGUAGGACAACUCCUGCUAUAGUUCCACCAAAGAAAUUUCGCCAGUGCCCUGAACCAACUUCAACAGUUGAGAAACUUGGUCUGAAGAAGGCUCCUCGUAAGGCAUUUGAUUUGUCUCAGCGAUCUCUAGAGUAUUUAGUUCAGUUACGCGACCAUGGUAAAACUGUUGGAGUGGUUGAUACUAGCAAAAAGACUAAGUUAAUUUCUCCUCAGACUCUCUCUGUCAGAAACAAUAAGAAACUGCUGACAAGUCAAGAUCUUCAGUUGCGAAGGCAGAUGAGACCCAAAUCACAACAAAAUAGACAAGGACUUUUGGAUUAUGAAAAUAAAGAUACUACAAGAGCAGGGCUGUGUCCAGCACAGAAUUCUGACAUACUUGUCCCAGAAUCAGAUGGUUCAGAUUAUAGUUAUAAAGGAGGAACUGAGGUGGUUGCUAACAACACUGGGAAACAAUUAAUAAAAUGUGUGUCUUCAGAACCAGAACCCAUGAAAACAAAAUAUGUGUCUCAGGUGACCAGUGAUGCUUGUCUUUUGAACCAGUCUGCUUCUGUUGUGUUGAAUGGAAGAAUACCAACAAAGGAAAUCAUUGUCUCUGCUUCAGCAGACCCCUUAGGCGGUGGUGACCCAACAGUACAUCAUUUAGAAUUGACAAUUUUGAAAGACGGAGAGCCUGAAUCCAACAGUGAUACAGAAGAUGAGAAUAUAUUUCUAACACAGCACGAUCCUGAAGAUAUGGAUUUGUGUUCACAGAUGGAGAAUGGUAAUGAGAAACUCAUUGAAGUAGUUCAUGGCAAAGAUACAGCUCAGGUGGAAGAAGAUUCUGUAAGUCGGCCUCAGUUGGAAUCUUGGAGUAGCACAAAAUGUAAAUACAAAGAUUGUGUUGAAACCCCGAAAAACCAGGGUGACUACUGCUCAAAACACUGUGAAGCUAAAGCAGCAGAUGAAGAUGUAUUUCGUAAACCUGGCUUGCCCCUUUCUGCAUCCAAGCCUUCGAGACCUUCCACUGCUAAGAUUUUUAGCUCAAGUAGUACUUCACGAAUUGCUAAUCUUUCCAAGUCUUUGGAAAGUGCCUCUGCACUUCCACCAGCUCUAAAAAAUAAGUCAAAUGGGGCACAGGCUGUUUUGAAAGUCCCACAGCCAGCCUCUGUGUUGUCUCCAAAGCCAGUGGGUGAAGUGAAGAGUUUGUGCAAUGUUCUUCAUCCUCAGACUCCAAGUAAUUCCAUCAGGCAAGGUUACAAACUGACGUUUGGUGAAAGCAAAUCCUUCUCAGCUUCCUCUCCAGUCCACAUUCUCUUGUCAUCGCAGUCCAUCUCUGACACCUUUGUCAAAGAGGUCUUAAAAUGGAAAUACGAAAUGUUUGUGAACUUUGAUCAGUGCGGGCCCCCAGCAAGCCUUUGUCAGUCCAUCUCAAGACCUGUGCCUGUCAAAUUUCAAGAUUGUGGAGAUUAUUUUAAUGUUUUUUUCCCUUUGAUGAUAUUGAAUACUUUUGAAACAGUGGCACAGGAGUGGAUCAGCUCUCCAAACAAAGAGAAAUUCUAUCAGUUGCAUUUACGAAAAUUUCCUGCUGAUUAUAAAAAAUACUGGGAGUUUGUGGUUCAUCUUGAGGAAUGUGAACUAGCUAAACAGCUUCAUCCAAAGGAAAAUGAUUUGGUGUUUUUGGUUCCUGAAAGACAAAAUGGAGAGAAGAAAGAUACAGAGAGAAAUCGCAUGCAGGAUCUCCGUGAAUAUCAUUGCGGUUAUAUUCAUAAGUUUCGCCGCACUUCAGUCAUGCGCAAUGGGAAAUCUGAGUGUUCCCUUUCCAUCCAGACUCAAGAUAAUUUGCCAGUCAAUUUAAAUGAACUCGUGAAAUGCGUUGUAAUCAGUUCUCUGGUAACUACACAAAGGAAGUUGAAAGCCAUGUCUUUGUUGAGUGGACGGAACCAACUGGCCAGAGCUGUUCUGAAUCCAAACCCCAUGGACUUCUGUACAAAAGAUUUACUAACUACAACAUCUGAGAGAAUUAUCGCCUACUUAAGAGAUUUCAACGAAGACCAAAAGAAAGCGAUAGAAACUGCAUAUGCCAUGGUCAAACACUCCCCGUCAGUUGCCAAGAUCUGUCUGAUUCAUGGACCACCUGGAACAGGAAAAUCAAAAACUAUUGUUGGCCUCCUGUACCGCCUGCUGACAGAGAACCAGAGGAAGGGGCAUUCAGAUGAAAACUCCAAUGCCAAAAUCAAACAAAACCGUGUCCUUGUGUGUGCGCCUUCCAACGCAGCUGUUGAUGAACUUAUGAAAAAAAUCAUCCUCGAAUUUAAAGAAAAAUGUAAAGACAAGAAGAAUCCUUUGGGGAACUGUGGAGAUAUAAAUUUAGUACGUCUCGGUCCAGAAAAGUCUAUUAAUAAUGAGGUCCUAAAAUUCAGUUUGGACAGCCAAGUUAACCACAGAAUGAAAAAAGAAUUACCUUCUCAUGUUCAGGAGAUGCAUAGAAGAAAGGAAUUUCUAGAUCAUCAACUUGAUGAACUUUCCCGCCAGCGUGCUUUAUGCCGAGGAGGAAGGGAAAUACAGAGGCAAGAAUUAGAUGAAAAAAUUGCAAAAGUUUCAAAAGAGAGGCAGGAACUAGCUUCUAAAAUUAAAGAGGUUCAAGGACGCCCACAAAAAACACAGAGCAUCAUCAUCUUAGAGUCUCAUGUCAUCUGCUGCACAUUGAGCACAAGUGGUGGUUUACUGCUUGAGUCUGCUUUUCGUGGGCAAGGGGGUGUCCCCUUCAGUUGUGUCAUUGUCGAUGAGGCCGGGCAGUCUUGUGAGGUUGAGACUCUUACUCCACUCAUCCAUCGUUGUAACAAGCUCAUCCUCGUAGGAGAUCCUAAACAGCUCCCUCCCACGGUCAUUUCUAUGAAAGCACAGGAAUAUGGCUAUGACCAGUCAAUGAUGGCGCGCUUCUACAAGCUGCUGGAAGACAAUGUGGAGCACAAUAUGAUUGGCAGGCUGCCUAUUUUACAGCUUACUGUUCAGUACAGGAUGCACCCAGACAUAUGUCUCUUCCCCUCUAAUUAUGUUUAUAACAGAAACUUGAAAACAAAUAGACAGACUGAAACCAAUCGGUGUUCAUCAGACUGGCCAUUUCAACCUUACCUGGUGUUUGAUGUCGGAGACGGUUCAGAAAGACGGGAUAAUGAGCCAGCAGAAGUAGAUACCGUGGAUGGGUUCCAGGGCCGGCAGAAAGAUUGCGUUAUUGUUACGUGCGUCAGAGCAAAUACCAUGCAGGGCUCAAUUGGAUUUCUGGCAAGUUUGCAGAGACUGAACGUCACCAUCACACGAGCCAAGUACAGCCUCUUCAUCCUCGGACAUUUAAGGACCCUCAUGGAAAAUCAGCACUGGAAUCACCUGAUUCAGGAUGCACAGAAGCGGGGUGCCAUUAUCAAGACGUGCGACAAAAACUAUAGGCACGACGCAGCGAAGAUUCUGAAGCUCAAGCCCGUGCUGCAGAGAAGUCUGACUCACCCUCCUGCCGUAGCCCCAGAGGCGUCCAGACCCCAGGGCGGCUUGCCCAGCAACAAGCUCGACAGUGAAUUUGCCAAGACAUCUUUCACUUCUUCCCUAUAUCACACGCCCCCUGACUCCAAGGAAUCUUCUGGUACUGUCACGACAAAGGACCCUGAAAGGCCUCUCCUUCAGGACCGGCUUCGGGACCCACGACUGCUUAGGAGGAUGGGCCUAGACCCCGAAGCCAAAGGGGUGUGCCUAAGGGAUCCGCAGCCCUUGAGCCCCCAGCAUCCCGGAGCGACACCUCCCUCGGGCGAGCCAGGCUUCCCUGGGAGUCACCAGGAUCUGGGUAGCGCACAGCAGUCCACUGCCAGAGGAACCGCUCUGAACAACUACAAACCUCACGCGCAGUGUGAACCUCCAGCUGCUGGGACUGAUGUCUCCACAAGUAAAAGAAGAUGUGACUGGGAAGGAGGGCUCAACCAUAGAAGAGAGACCCGGGCUUUCAGUGAGGGCGACCAGGACAGGUGGAGCCCGGAGAGCCACUACUCGAAGAGGAGCCCUGGCUGGGACAAGAGGGGACUGGAGAAGGAGGACUGCAGCUCAAAGAAAAGAAGGCUUUUAUAGUGAAGCCACAUGGCACAGACUGUCAGCCACAGCAUCGUUGCAAACUUAAGAUGACCAGCUAGUGGGACUGUCCAGAUAAGAUCAUUUUUUUUCCUUAAAGGAGUUUGCUGUUGGAAAACAUGGAAAAUGUAUCCUAACACCUGAGCCUCUUGGUCAUCUUCCACAGUUUUUUUGUCAGUUGUAAAAGCUUUCAAGGGCCUUUGUGUGUCUGUAAUACUGUCCUUGAAGUCGGAGACUUAGAAUGUUGAGCUCCUGUCCUUCUGAGAUAAAGGGUCAGACUGAGGCAGGUGUUGUAGAAGUUGAAAUGUAUAUUUGUAUAGCAAAUAACAAAAUCGUUUUAAAAUGUAAUCUAGUAGACCGCUUUUCUUUCCCCUACUUAAAAUGUUAGUCAUUUUCAGCAGAACAAACUUUAUACUUAAAAAACAAAACCAAAAAGGUGGGAGGAGGAGGGCAGGCCCUUUCAGAUGUUGUUCCGGCAAGACCUGUUCAGCAGCCCAGGUAUUCUGGGAGGCAGGGUUCAUGCCGGUGGGUCAGACGGCUCUAGUUCUAUUUAAGAAAACAAGUGGAGUCUCCUGGGGGAAACUUCGGGCAGCCGAGUCCUGUUCAGUAAAGUUCUGCUGCUGUUGGACGUUUUCAGAUGAGGCUCCUUGGUGCAGGAUAUUGCACUGCUCUGAUGAGUCCAGCCUCCUAUUUCAGGAAGCACAGGGUUUCUAGCUAAAAUUCGUGUUCCCCUUGAGAUAGACAAAGAUGAAACAGAAGAAUAAUUCUUGACCUACCAUUCAGAUGCCCCCAGCAUAUUGUGAGUGUCCCGUAACUGGUGGGUGACAGGUCCCACGGUUGCCGGGGCUGGAGCAGCGUGGGGACCCCUGUGCGUGAAAGCCGGCAGGUAGCCGGGAGAAUCCAACCAGAUUGCUCUGGGGGAGCCUGGGGAGCUGCAUGUUAGAUGUCUACCCAGGGACCUCGGGUCACCGACCUGGCAGCUUGGGAUCCAGGAGGGCCAGCCAGAUAGAAUACUGUAGGCGGGAAAGAAACACCCUUUCAGAAGAGAAGGCUGAAGGGAAGUGCAGACGUUGGAAGUUGAGACCCAGGAGGAGAGUUGACAGGUUUCCUGUGAUCUUUGGAGACUGUGUUAACUCCUGAAAAGAUGCCACUUUUGUAGGGUCAUCUGGUUAGAGGGGGUUGUACUGUGGUUUGGGGUGCCGUGGGGAGGGGAUGUUUGAGUACCUGCACCGGGGGGGUGGGGGGGGCCGCUCAUUGCAAAGUCCAGUUUUCCAAACUCACAGACAUGAGAAUAUAUGGUAUCAACAGUUUGCACCUAUCAGAACUAGUGGUUUGUAGGGAAUGCUGGGCAGCCCGUUGGCUAACUUGGUGAGGGCCUCCCUUUGAAGAUGACUGUGCACCGUUUGAAAUUUUGCCAUCUGCUUUUUAAGCAAAGAGGGCUUCGUGUCAGAAAAUUCUACUGAAGCUGGUUAUUAAAAGCUUUAAAUGUUUGAUUGCCAAAAGUUUAGACAUUCUGCUUCUUCAUUUCUCACAUCACCCCAGCGGGGGUCUGCUGACGUCGAGCGGA